AUGUCUACGUUAUUAUACAAACAAGGUGUUGAAUUCACUGAUUCUACUGGCUCAUUUAUGAAAAGUGCUCCAGUGGAAAUUUCUACUGUGAAAGGUUAUAAUGAUUUCAUCUCUAAAUAUAAUAAAAGUACUCAUGAUAUUCAAACUAUUUUCAAUGAAGAUAAAUCAAUCGGUAAAGUUUUAGUUAAUGAUGAAUAUGUAGCCACAAUAAUAGGUGACGCAAAGGAUUAUUUAUUACGUCUCUAUAAUUAA